AUGACUUUGUCCAGCGACCGUAUUGUAGACGUUCGCGUCAAUGACAAAGCCCAAAAUGGCGAGACUGAUAUCCGGCAGGACAUCUUGACUGGCCUUUCGAAGCCAGCAGGUCACAAAACCCUUCCGACUUUACUCCUGUAUGAUGAACGAGGUCUCCGAAUUUACGACAAGAUCACGACCGAGGCCGACGAAUAUUAUCUUUUCGCUGCCGAGGAGAACAUAUUGAAGAGUCGCGCUGACGACAUUGUACAAGUCAUGCACGCUCAUGCCGGAGGGAGAGUGGGUGCUGAGGAGGUAGUCCUUGAACUUGGCGCUGGUGCACUACGCAAGACCUCCCACAUUCUCUCAGCUCUUGCUCGCCUAGUACCUCACGCCAUGACCCCCGCACCGAUUACAUAUUAUGCGCUCGAUCUCGAGGAGCGUGAACUGAAACGCACUUUGGAGCAGCUUUCAGAGUCCUCUGUCGGCCCCAAGCUUACGGGCAAGGUCGAUACUAUGGGCAUGUGGGGAACAUAUGACGGCGGCCUGAAAUUCAUAGAAGAAGGCGGUCUUCAGGGCAAGCGCGCCAUUGACGGCGUCUCAGUUGCGCCCACAUCUGUUGCUGCCGCACGCGCGAGGAGCGACAUGCCUAUAUUUUCUUCUGAUGCUAGGGAUCAUUCCCCCAGCGAAGACAGCAUCUCUUCGAACACGCACACUACCAAUACUGACCCUGAUUCCAUCGAUACCGCGCUCUCGACCCCUGAUCCGUCUGCGCACUCCCCACUUAACCUUCUCUUCCUCGGCUCAUCUCUCGGCAACUUUGAUCGUGGUGCAGAUGCUGAAUUCUUAAGGGGUCUUCCUUUAAGGUCUGGAUCGGGCGAUACUCUUCUCCUAGGCCUCGAUCAUGGGGACAACAAAGAGAAGAUCGAAAGGGCUUACGAUGACGGAAAGGGGCUUACGAAGGAGUUCAUCUUCAAUGGCUUGAAAGCUGCUGGCAGGGCUCUCGGCGAUGAAAAUCUUUUUGACGAGGAUAAGUGGGAGUAUGUAGGCAAGUAUAACGAACAGGAACGUCGGCAUGAGGCCUACUAUCGAUCAAAACAUUUUCAGACGAUCGAGAUUCCUACAACGAAGCAGACAUUAUCCUUCCUUGCGGACGAGCUUGUCAACGUGGAGGUUUCUCAGAAAUAUUCAGAGGAGGACACGCAUACGCUGUUCACCGACGCCAAUCUACGCCCGAUUCAGCGUUGGGUCGACCAGUCGACCGGCUAUUCCCUUUGGCUACUUGAACGUCCACCCUUCUCCUUUCCACUCAUCAACAAGCCAACGUCUCAGCUUUUGAGCACGCCUUUCGGUGUGCCAUCAUUUAAGGACUUCCAGGAUAUGUGGGCUGCUUGGGACUUCAUAACCCUUAAGAUGAUACCCGACUCAAUGAUGUUCGAGAAGCCGAUCGACUUGAGGCAUAUUUGCCUUUUCUACUGCGGGCAUAUCCCUACUUUCUUGGAUAUCCACCUUUCCAGACUUCUCGGGGAGCCGCACACGGAGCCGGAGGCAUUCAAGUAUAUAUUUGAACGAGGCAUCGAUCCCAACGUGGAUGAUCCCACCCAGUGUCAUCCACACUCCGAAGUUCCGACGAAGGACGACGAUUGGCCUUCCUUGCCCAGCAUCCUCGAGUUCCAGGUCCGCGUGCGACAAAGGCUACAAACCCUUUACCAGGAGUUGGAGUCUGGCCAGAAGACUCUGACACGAAAGAUGGCUCGUGUCCUUUUCAUGACGCUUGAACACGAAGGCUUCCAUGCCGAAACCCUGCUCUACAUGCUUCUUCAACGCGCUGGAACGGGCACGAUUCCACCAUCUGGAUUCACCCCACCUCCUUGGUCUUCCCUCCAGGGAACAUGGGAAUCCUCCCCCAUGCCUAGCACUCCGACGGUCACUCUAGGACCUGACACAACGAUCAUCGGUCAUGACGAUAACGAGAUGGAGGACGAUGAGCCUGGUAAAGACAUAGACGUCAAAGACCACGAGUUCGGCUGGGACAACGAGAAUCCCAAGCGCACCGUCGACGUCGGAGAAUUCAAGAUUGAAUGGAGGCCUGUGACGAACGGUGAUUUCUACGAGUUCUGGAAGAGCGGUGGUAGAGACCAAGUGCAACUUCCUAAGAGCUGGGUGGAGGAGGACGGCGAGAUCAUGGUCCGUACGCUGUAUGGCCCAAUUCCUCUGAAGAUCGCGUACCAGUGGCCAGUGCUCACUUCCUAUAACAAUCUCUCGACCUACGCAAGUGUGAAGGGCGGCCGUCUUCCUACCGAGCCCGAGCUUCGUCUUUUCUACGACAAGUUCGAGUCUGGAUAUGUGGGCGGCAGCAACGUGGCAUUCAGAAAUUGGCAUCCGGUACCGGCGACGACGGGGGUCGGGCACAAGGGAAGAGGCCACAACGGGGGUGUCUGGGAGUGGACGUCGACCUUGUUUGAGAAGUACGACGGAUUUAUACCCUCUAAGCUAUACCCUGGGUACUCUAUGGAUUUCUUCGACACUCAUCACCAAGUUGUCAUUGGUGGCUCGUACGCGACGAUCCCGCGUCUCUCCGAGAGACGUUCGCUUCGAAACUACUACCAGCGCAACUACCCGUAUGCUUGGGUAGGCGGUAGAGUGGUGUACGACGUUUGAAAUGCGACGGUAGUGAAAAGAGCAUCUAGACUGUAGGAUUUGGUCUGCUUGCAGUGUACGAAACGAGAGAAAUAGUCCGCGGAUUGUAUGUAAGAAUAUGUUGCUCAUAAGCGCUUUCCAUGCAUUUGAAAUUCCCAUCAUAGUCGUCAGGUUU